AUGGAUCAACUCACCGAAUCAACACUUAAAGAAUGGGGAUUUGAACAGUAUGUUGUACGUUUUAAAGAAGCAGAAAUUGAUUUUACAGUUUUUCUCACUUUAACUGAAAAUAUGGUUGCUGAGUUAAUACCAAUUAUAGAUCAUCGAUCAAAAUUUGUUAAUUCUUUGAAGCUAUUGAAUGAGAAACAUAACAAAGAGACAUCGUCUAAAGAUAUACCGGAUGAGAACACAUCGGAAAACGACAAGUCUUCUACAUCAGAAAAUAUCCAACAAAAGCAAUGUACCUCUGAACCAAAACCGGUACUAGCACCGAAUCAGGAUAAGAUGCCCCAGAAACAGUGGGAAGUAAAUCCAUUGCAAUCCAUUCUCGAUAAUCCAAAGACUAUGUCUAAUAGCAGUUCGUCGCAAUCGAAACGCCAAAGGAUUUCAUCGAACUCUUCAUCGUCCAAACACGAAGAUGAAAACAAUGUUUCCAUUGCUGGUACACCAACUACAACACCAACCCAAACGAUAGCUCAACCUCAACAGGCGCAUCAAAAAAUUCAACAAAACAAUACUAAAGAAAAAUGCCGCAAAUUUUUAGCCACUUUACUUGAAUUGUCGAGUAAAGAACCUAAACCUGUAGAAAGAAGUGUGCGAACCUUUAUACAAGAACUGGUUGAUGCCAAGGUGGAACCAGAACAGUUUUGUGAUCGACUAGAGAAACUUCUAAAUGCUUCACCACAACCGUGCCUUAUUGGUUUCCUCAAGAAAAAUAUUGAACCCUUGAGGCAAUCACUUAUGUUAAAUGAAAUGAAGAUUGAUGGAAUUCGACCACCAUCAUCAUGUACACCUGUACAGGAGUCCAUAAAUAUUCCAAUUGAAUCUUGCAAUAAUAAUCCCGCCGAAACCACCCGCGUAGUUGGUUCUACGGAAGCCGACAACAUAUUACAGAGUUCGAUGGAUAUGGGUGGUAAGAACGAUGUAGCCGUGAAUGAAAAAAAACCCUCAACAAGCUAUAGAAGAACGGACGACGAUGAAGAUGACGACGAUGAUAAAGAUGACGACGACGAUGAAGAUGACGACGACGAUAAAGAUGACUACGACGAUGAAGAUGACUACGACGAUGAAGAUGACUACGACGAUGAAGAUGACGACGACGAUGAAGAUGACGACGACGAUGAAGAUGACGACGACGAUGAAGAAGACGACGACAAUAACCAACUGUCAAACACCACCCAGGCAUCGCUAAGUGAAACUUUAAAACUUGGUCAAUGGAAACCAUAUUAUUGCAGAUUCAUGACAGAAAAUAUAGUAUUGGAGACCACGAUUGAACUGGAUAUUUUGGAAUGGACUGCUGAUGCCGCGAAGUCAGCUUCAAGCAGUGAUUCGAACGAUGUUCUGUUUAGAGAACGUUUACAGAAAAGUUAUAAAACGACUAUACAAAAGAUUCCGAUUCAUUCAAAAUUUUGUAUGGAUCAGAAGCUAAAUAAACAUUCAUACGGUACAAUCAAUAAAAAGUGGACAGCACCAACCGGAAUGGUUAAUUUGUACAAGGCACUUCAUGAAUUCGAAAAAGAACACAAAUGCAAAUUUUCAUUUUUACCGUCCUCCAUUGGUAGACGACUUAGAAAGUACACCAAAAACGCAGACCUGGAUUUAGAUCCAGUGCACUCAGUCAGUAAUAACGUCUUGGAUGUUUUGCGUUACCCCUUACGGAAUGGUCUUAUACCGGAGAAGUAUUGGUUAGAUCUUAAGUUGUUUCUAUCGUCCGUUUACUUAAAAAAUAAUUAUUUUGAUUCCGAAUCUACACGUCGGGUUGAGACCGAGACGGCUGUUAAAUUUAAUUUCAUAGAAGGCGAAAUCGAAGCGUUAGUCUUCAACUAUUGGAGCCGGUCCACCAUCGAUCUAAUGUAUUACAACGAAAGCAAAUCCAGACGUGAUUUAAAACGCCUACUCCAGUAUUUGUUCCAGAGAUUAUGUAUUCGAUACAUAAGGAUAAGGACUCGGGAAGAGGUUGUUGGGUUAUUUUUAAAGAAUUUUAAAGAAUUAGCAAAGUUUGAUCUGGAUAAGGACAUCAUACCGAAGAAUUGUCUAUUAUUUCUUAAAAAUAACAUAUCGAAAGUUUGGCCGUAUAUCGAGAACAACGACCGGAAUCUGUGGUGCGCUUUUUUUACCGAAAUGAAAGUGAACUAUAUCUUGACAGCACGUACCUUUUCAGCAAUGUUUAAAAAACUAGAUCAAAAUUUUGAAUUUAUCAUGAGCAAGGCUGCACAAGUGAGGGCGAUUCGGAGGAAUCCGUUGUCCGACGUUAGUCUAUGGUACGCCUCUACUACCGUUUCCGAAGAACGUCAAACCAUUGUAAAUAAAAGUGAUGUGAUCAGCAUUUUACCAGAAUUUUUCAAAUCACUCGAUGACAUCGACAGUGUGUUAUGCACCGCAAUUGAUAAUUUUUAUUACCAUCACAUUUUUUUGCUAUCGCGAUACGCCAUCUUACACAACGUCGACAUCUCAACCAGAGUCUUAAAGCAUACAGAGGUCCAAAAGUUUCUGGAUAACCGUCAACCGCCUAAAAUUGGGUCGAUGUCUUACGUGAAAUUACCGUUGUCAGAAAGUAUGCAAUCUAAAAUGGUUUCAUGUUUCCGGUGGUUGUACAUUCGGGACAGUGAUAAAUUCGAUGUCGAGUUCGAGAUCACUAAAUUUGAUGAGUUGUUGUACCAGUCGCUCAAUGAGUUGAUCUGCAACUGGAUGAAAGAAGCGUUGCGUCCGAUAAUUGGUCACGAUGGUCAAUUUUCGCGAGAGCGCUACUUAAGUCUGUAUCCAAAUGAGGUAAUAUGUGAUGGCCAUGAUUCACUUCCACAAGAUACAUGUACGGUCUGA